AUGUGUCCACGUUACAUGACAAGCAUCGUUUGUUUUAUAAAAGAUAACGUAGGCGAACUCGUUCGUACACCUGGCUUCCUUUGUCUAGUGUUUUUCGUAUAUUUUUUAGUUUUAUUUCGCGUAUUUCUUAGAACGAUACUGAAUAAUAUAAACUCACGCGUUGAAGAAGUAACGAAAUAAGUACAGAGAUCUACAAGUAAGAUAAACUAAUUUGGACACAAACGAACUGCCAUCUGGUGAGCAAAACAAGUACUUACAACUCCGGCUAAUUGGCAUAAGAUCAUUUGUGAGUAGCCGAGUUAGUAGUAUAGUACGCGUUUAAGAAAACGUGACUUUCUUGGAGUACUGUAGAAAAUUAAUAUAAUAAAAAAAAUAUGACUAAUCCGAAUUUAACUGAUAUGACAGAAGAAGAUGCGGCGGACUUGCAAUUUCCGAAAGACUGUUCAUCGAAUAGAACAGAAAAGAUCAAGCAUAACGUAGAACUCGACGUGUCAGUCGUGAACGAUGAAAUCAUUACUUCAGACCCAAUAUGCCGCGUAUGCAAAUCCGCAUUGACAGAGCCGUAUAUUCGUUGUGCUGUGUGUGAUAGUAUGGAAUUGUGUCCCUCUUGUUUCUCCAACGGAUCAGAAAUUAGCAAUCACAGAAACGAUCACGACUAUAUCAUCAUAAAGAAUGAAUUUCCCUUGAUCGAUGGAAGCGGUUGGACAGCGAAACAAGAAUUAGAAUGUUUAGAUGUUUUACAGGAGUGUGGUUUUGGUAAUUGGGUUGACAUGGCCAGACGAAUACAAGGGAAAUCAACGGAAGAAUGUAAAAAUCAUUAUCUUCAAUGUUAUAUUGAUAAUCAGGCUUUGCCAGGAUUGCCAAAAAUGGAAGAAACAAAAGCUAGUUUGGUUGGUUGCGAACCUAUUCCUUAUUUAUAUAAAUUGCAAGAUUUAGAAGAACCUCCUCGGUUCGCACCUAAUACUCUUAAUUGUAAACUUUUGGCUGGAUACAAUGCAGCGAGAUCAGAUUUUGAUGUCAAUUUUGAUAAUCAUGCAGAAUUAUUAAUUUCUGACUUGAACUAUGGUGAAUUUGAUAUAAGCGAUAAUAAUUAUGAAUUAGGAAAAGAAUUACAAGUAGCUAUAGUACAAGCAUAUAAUAACAGACUGAAAGAACGUAUGAGAAGAAGAAAAAUUAUACGUAAUCAUGGACUGAUAGCAUUUAGAAGGACUAUAUCUUGGAUACAGAGAUACGAAUGUACGAUAACUAGAGCACUCGCAGAAAGAUUAUUAAUUUUUAUGCAAUUAUUAGGAGGUAUAGAGUUCGAUUAUUUCAUGGAAGGCUUACAUAGAGCGGGAGAACUUAAAAAUUAUCUUAAUAAGUUAUUUGAAUUCCGCAAUAAUGGUUUGGAACACUUUCAUAGUGUUCCAAUAUUUCAAAAGUUAAGCAAACUUAGACAAGAAAAUGAAAAGGAAAGGAAACAGUACUUGAAUAAUCCUGAAUAUAGCUGGAAGACUAUAUUACCUGGUUGCAACAUUAAUUUUAGUAAUUCCAUAUCGAGUACAAUCGCACAACGAAAAACGGCGCCGCCACUUGCAAUUCAAGGUCUUCCAGGAUAUGAGAAAUUAACUUCAGCCGAAAAAGAGCUUUGUUCAGUUACGCGUAUAGUACCUACUAAUUACCUCGAUUUCAAACAAAUUUUAAUAGCAGAAAAUAAAAAAGCAGGUUACCUUAGAUUGGCACAAGCUAGGGUUUUGCUUAAAAUUGACGUAAAUAAAACACGAAAAAUAUAUGAUUUUCUUACGGAAAAGGGAUAUAUAAAUAAACCAAAUCAAUGAUAUACAGUUCGUUGAUCUAGUAAAAAUGUGAAAUAUUUGUAUAUUAUAGUUCGUGGAUACUGCCAGGAUUGUGAUAUUACAUAUUAAGGUUUAUAAUUAUGAAUUUCAAGUGAGAUCUGUAAACGGUCGACUGAAAAUAAUAAAGAGAGCAUAUAAAUUAAGAUAUAUAAAACGUACUAUAAUAAAUUAUAUAUAAAAUAUACAUAUAACAAAUUUAAAUUAUAUAUAUAAGAAUAAGCAACAUACAAAUGUGUAAAUUUAUGUAUGUUUUGUGCUAUAUUUAUAUUAUAUAAUAAAUGUAUCUCUUUUGUAAAAUAUGAUUAAUAAGAUUUUGUUAAAAAUUUGUGAUUAGUAAUGUUCAAUCAAAAAUGUACCCACGAGUGACUUAAAGAAAAUAAAAAUUUGAAAAUGCAGAGACCUUGUUAAUUUCGGAAGUGUUGAUGUUGUUGGAGCACAGGAAAGCGCAAAAUGAGUCAGCCGAGGAGGAACAGGAAUUCUCUGAAGUUUUUAUGAAGAGUUUAACUUAUACGAAC